AAUUUUUUUAGAGCGACGUGCACAUGCUUACAAAAAGUUCAACUGCUGAAAGAUACUAUUAUCUUAUCCUCGAUUAAAUUUAAAAAGACUCAUCAUAUUAUUAUGAUAUAAACUAAACUCUGUAUAAACCAGUGUAAGUAGUGACAAUAACAUCAGGAAGUUUCGGAUUGAGAGGCACUUCAACUACCUGAAAACUUCAAGUAGCCUAGAACUUCGAUGUUUCGAACGAACUUUUACUUCUCAUCAUAUUAUGAGCCCUUUCGCUCCGUGCUCUAUUCUAUUUUAAACGAUAAAUCAUUUCGUUUUUAUUACAGCUAGUAUAAUUAUGUAAUCCUAUGACAUAUUUAUAUAUCCGUAUAUAAGCAGAAAACUAGAUAAUGGAAUUGCUCAAUUAAUUUUUGGAAUUGUUUGAUUUCAACUCACCAAACCACCUCUUCUUCUUCUUCUUCUCCGACGUCUUCGUCUACCAGCUUCUGUCAUUGAAAAAAUUAGCAGUACGCACAAACAUAGCACGAAUAUAGUUUGCGCUUUCAUUUUUUAAACUGUUCACACGAAGAAGAACAAUCUUAUAUGAUUUUUUGUUUAUGUUUAAUAAUGAAUUAUGUUUUUAAUAAUAACGCGUGGCUGUGUUUUAUAUGCAAUCCCAUUAUUUUUUAAUAAAUAACAUUACCUUCUAUGGCAAUCAAUUAAUAACGGUUGAUAAUUUGCUCAUUUUUAGAAAAAACUAUUUUAUUCCCAAAUAAAAAGUAUUCUUCCUUGUUAACUUUAGUGUUAAAGUUGUCCCUCCUUCACUAUAUGUAACAUGCAAGGCAACUCUACACUACUUGUAGUAAUCUACAAAUUCAUCAUUUAUAAAACUUUCAAAUUGAUAUUAAUAAUUGUACUGUUCGAAACGGAUUACUAUAGUUAAAAUACUGAAUAAUUCAUAAACUUUGUGGCAAAUCAUGUCAGCCAUAUGUCAUGUGGAGUGACUUUAUAUCUGAUAAAACACUCCUACUCGUGCUUUAAAUAGUACUUAUAGUUGUGCGUGCAGACGCCGGCGGUAGCAACGUGGAGCGUCUGGGGUAGCCAUUUAAAAAGGACACUUACUUGCUAAACCCCAAUUAUUUUUUUUUAGGGGGGGGCAGCAAUCUCGUUAAAUGAUAAUUGACAAUUUUACUGAUUGCAUGUAAAGUGCGCAUUGCAUAUAAAACAAUUAAAUGACAGCUUGUCAAUUAUUUGGGACGGCUUUCUUUUUGACGUUUUUGCAUAUAUAGUUGGAAACCUCGGUAACGUUCGUGAGCGGAAUAUUUUAGAUUAAAAUGCAUGAUAGUACGGAUUGUUGCACUUUUCUGUCUUACACCGCAAGACAGUUGCGCUUCGUGGGGACUGUAUACUAUCAGAACAAUACCAUCGGAAAUAGAACACACACGCGUACUUUAAAACAUAUUUAUUUAAAACGAUUCAAACGAUAAAAUAUAUAACAAACAAUCCUUCUGGUUUUCUCUCGUGCUUUCAGUCUGACAAUCAAUUCGAAGUCUAUCAUUUAUGACAUACGAUACAUAUCUUACGUCAAUCAACUAAAUCACCCAUUGUUUGGUCUCCUACGGCGUUAUCAAUAAUAUAGUAUUACAAAUUAUUCUACACACUCCCCCCUUUGAGCCUGUAAGGGUCAAACAUGACUUGUGUUCUCCAACGUGCAUCCAAUGCUGCUGCUCUCCUAGGUCUAUUACUAUGGACACAGCUUUCCACCUUACCCUCCGUCUUUCUCAUUCAUUUCCGUCUUUCCUUUCUCAUUAAUUUUCGUCUUUCCUUUCUGGUUAUCAUACCCAUCCACUUCAUUUUCAACUUUAUUAUCCUUUCUUUCUUCUGUACUGCUUCCGUUCUCAUUUAACUCUACAGGAUACAAUUUCUGAACUGGUCUAUUAAGAUAUACUGGAUUUCCUUUAGUCAUCACUUUCGCUCCUCGAACCACUUCAUCUCUACCGACAAUUAAACUCUCAAUCCUACCUAACUUCCAAAAAUCCUCUCUUAAGGUUCUCAUCAAAUACUAAAACUACAUCUCCCUUCUUCACGUUCCUAUCCCUCUUCUCCCUCUUACUUCUAUGAUGCUCUCUCAAAUUCGUCAAGUAUUCCUUUCUCCAUCUCUCCCAAAAGUGAACUCGCAGUUUCGCUAGAUGCCGAAACCUACGCUUAACCUUUGUCUCAGCAUUCUCUUCAAUUUUGUAACUAGUCUCGUCUGAACUUAAUUCACAGACAUAAUACACAACUGCACAAUAGGCUUUCAAACUAGCAUCACCAAACUCAUGUAAUGAACAUUUGGGUUUUCCAAUUAGAUUUCCAUACACACGCCUUGGUAUCAUAAUUUGAGCUACAACUUCAAGAUCAUGAACCCAACCUAACCAUUGCUUCAAAUAGUUUCCAUUUAGUUCAGAAUCCCAAUCUACUUUGUCCAAACACAGUGCUUGAAACAACAUCUUAAUACUUACUACCAUUGGGCUAAGAAUUCCCAAUGGAUCAAACAACCCAGCUAAUACUCUAAGAAUAUUGCGUUUGGUUACAGGUUGCGAUUUUGCUUUCUCAACUAAACCCUGAAACAAAAACUGAAAUUCAUCAGUUGUACAAUUCCAAGCUAACCCAAGGACUUUCUCUGAUGUGUCAUUUUUGCCUGUCAUGCAAAGGGAUGACUUAGCAAAUGUUUCUUCACAUGCCAAGUUUCCUCUAUCAGGCUUGAUUUCUUCCUUUGAUUGGAUUUUCUCUAAUACAAGUUUACUAUUACUGAGCCAUUUCCUAAGCUUCAAACCUAAAUUGUUACUAGAAGUCUCAUAUAAUGAUAAUGCAUGCUCAGGGGUUUGUUCUCCAGUUACCAGACCAUCAACAUAAAAGCCGUCCUUCAACUUUCGAGUCAAUACAGGAUUACCCUUCGAAAAGCGGUCAAGAUGGUGUUGAAGUGUGGCAUUCAGCAAAAAUGGUGAACAGUUCACACCAAAAACAACUCUACAAAAUCUAUACUCUACUGGCUUUACCUCAUCUUCAUGUAUGUUGCUCACCCAAAGAAAUCUCAAACAAUCUCUGUCACACGGAUCAAUUUCAAUAUUUAAAAAAGCCUUCUCUAUAUCUGCUACAAGCGCUAUUCGCUUUUCUCUAAAACGCAAUAUAAUGUGAUACAACAACGCGGAUAGAGGUGGCCCAACAUGUAAGCAGUCAUUUAAAGAUCCACCAUUCUUAGUCUCUUUACUCGAUGCAUCAUACACAACCCUGACCUUAGUGGUCUUUGUAUCUUUACGAACCACAGCAUGUGGUAGAUAAUGGAUCUUAUCAGCUCUCUCUAACUCUACAACUGGUUCUAUAAUACCUAUAGCUCUAGCAGUUCUUUAAUUACUCUGUCAUACUCUUGCAAAACUUCUGGCUCCUUCUUUAAUCUUAAAAGAUGUCCCUUUAAUCUCUGCAUACUACAGCUAUAAUUAGUUGGCAAUAAACUAUGCCCUUCCUUCCAAGGUAAACUUACACUAUAUCGUUGGCCCUUGAAAUGUAUUGAAUCAUUUAAUAACUCACUAGCUUCCUCUUCAUGCUUUAUACCUAAUGUUUCAUAAUCCCAUAAUUUCUCAACACAUGCUUCAAGGGAUCUAUUCUUUGAUGAAGUUACAUGCACAAUAAGGUUUACACUUACCUGUGCACACGAUGAAGGACCAUCAUCAUCUUCAGAGCUACUCUUCAGUGGACCUGACAACACCCAUCCUAAUUUGGUUUGUACCGCAACAGGUUCAUCACUCUUGCCCCUAACCGUACGCCCUUCUUGAAAUAACCACAAAUAAUCUGCGCCGAUUAGUAACUCUAUUUCUAACACAUUCUUGGUCUUACAAACAUCGGAAAACUAUAACCCUUUACAUGCUCAUUCCUAAUCUGUGAAAUGCUGUUUACUCCAUAAACUUCAAUGUUAACACUCUCUCCCCCCCCUGUACUGGGGCUACACUCAAUUCAAACACUUCUCUCAACUUCCCUUCAACUUUCUCCUGUCCGAACGUUCUAAUUUCCACCCAUUCCUUCCUCUUUACUGGCACUCCUGUCUUCUGAGCUACCUUGCCCGUAACGAAUGACCGUUGACUUCCUGAGUCAAACAUAACCCGCACUCUCACAUUCUCCUUUCCUCCCAUUACCAAAGCCUGAGCUGUCUGCAAUGCUACUCUAUUUGCCGACCCAACGCACGAAUGUGUGGAAUGAACGACGUCAGUGGUUAUAGACCCAUUAGCAUGGCUCUCACAAAUAUAAAUAUGAUGUCGUUUACUGCAUGCAUUACAUUUACUCGUAUUUAAACAAUUACUACUAAUAUGUCCUCUUUUAAACAUAUAAAACACCGUCCGUACUUACGAAGAAUCUGUUUAUACGCUCACCAGCAUCCUGAAUUUUCUUACAAUCUUGUGAUAAAUGUUCUUGUAAACAAUAUACGCAUCUUGGCUUCCCUUCCCUGGUGGUAUGAUUCACAAGAAGCUGCCGAUCCAUCUACAAACUGUGAUUUCCUUCCUUCUUGUUUUGACGUGUUCGUCGUAGAUGUCUCGUGUGCUUCACGCAAUUCAAUUUCAUCUAAAAGUGCCUUUAAAAUAUCCUUCAUCGUCCAAUUUAGAAAAUCUGAUCCACCUGCACUUGACCCACGAGUUAUCGUCAAACGAAGGGAUUCCGGCAGCUUGUCGAGUAUUUCCGGAACAACAAUCGUAGCAUACAAACUUUCGUCCACUCCCAGGGUUUUCAGACCUCGGCAGUUUGUCUCACAGGCAUGGUACAGUUCCCGUAGUCGACGCACAUCUCGCUCGUUAUGUACUGGCUUUAUGUUCAUUAACGCUUGAAUAUGAGCUCUCUGUAUCGCCGUUUUCUUCCCAUAUCGUGUCUUCAGGAGUUCUAAUGCUUCUUUAUAGUUCGUUGCUGUCAACGUGAACCCUGCGAUAGUUGUCUGCGCGGGACCAACCAGUAGACCUUUCAAAUACGCGAAUUUAUCUACCUCUGAUAGAGCGUCAUUCUGGUUUACAGAACUAUCAAAGGAGUCCCAAAAUUCUUGCCACUCUUGAAUUUUCCCAUUAAAUCUUUUGACCUCUAACUUUGGGAGCUUUGCGCGAACAGUCUGUUUGGGUGUAGCGUUCAUACUCAGAUUCGAUGGUGUACUUUAUCCUUGCGGUAGUGACGGCAAGGCUUCGAACAAUGCGUCAUUUACGUCGAGAAUUAUUUUUUGUAAUUCAGCUCGCGUAUCAUCUGUCUCCUGAAUUUCUUUUUCCAGCUGUUGUUCUGCGUCUUCGGCUUCGCCAUUACUUAGUAUCUGGACAAUCUCGUUGUCUAAAAGUUUCAAGGCUUCGAGUUUCUCGCUCAGCGUGUCUCUCAGCUGUUUCAGCACAUUCUUGUCCGGCUGAGGCGUUUCACUCGUAUUCGCUAAACAUUCUUUUAUCUUCGUCCCUAUCUUCGUUGCUGAACCUCUGUUCGCUGCGCGCGUUCUUCUUUUCUUGGUCAGCUCGUCCAACAGCAUUGUCGUAUCUAUCUCGAUUCUUUGUUUCGAAAUCUAUCCGGUUCGAAGGACCAAGUGUUGCACUUUUCUGUCUUGCACCGCAAGACAGUUGCGCUUCGUGGGGACUGUAUACUAUCAGAACAAUACCAUCGGAAAUAGAACACACACGCGCACUUUAAAACAUAUUUAUUUAAAACUAUUCAAACGAUAAAAUAUAUAACAAACAAUCCUUCUGGUAUUCUCUCGUGCUUUCAGUUCGAAGUCUAUUAUUUAUGACAUAUGAUACCUUUCUUACGUCAAUCGACUAAAUCAACUAUUGUUUGUUGUCCUACGGCGUUAUCAAUAAUAUAGUGUUACAAAUUAUUCUACAGAAGCCCUGCAUAGUUGUUAUUAUGCAGAGGAUCCAAAAACGUGGAAAUCUGUGUGUUUAAACUGUAACUCUUGUCGUAGUUUGAACAGUGUUAUAAAUUGUUGUUUCUAGUUAUUAUAUAUUAAAAGGGCCCACAGUAAUUGGUUUUGGCUAUUAGUAAAACACGGAGCACGGAGCACGGAGCACGGAGCACGGAGCACACGGAGCACGGAGCACACGGAGUACGGAGCACACGGAGCACGGAGCACACGAAGUACGGAGCAGUAGAAAAACGAAAAUCCUUUAUAAUAAAAUACACUGUUUACUAUUACAAUUUUUUGUUAUUAUUAACAAAGUUUUUUUCGCGUAUGACACGUUGGCGAAGUAGGAAAAUGGGGCUUUUACUGAAAAACACAUAUGAUGCAAAACCAGGCUGCCAAAAGCCAUAGUAUUUAAAAUGGGAUUGUAAAACUCGUUAUCUUACAUCUAUCAAGCUUAUAUGUAGUUAUAUUAUAUUGCGAUGGGCAACACAUAAAGAAACACUUACUGUAGAGAACAGCCGAUAUAUUUCGUUACCCCUGCCAAAAAAUAGCCAAGUAUACUCAUCUUUCAAUGUAACGGAUCGACUGAACAUUAAAUCUUGUGAUGAGAAAAGUGAAUUUUAGGUUUAUCCUUCGGCUCAAUGACCGGUGGCAGUGAGCUGUACGGCCGGCUAAGUUUAAACCGUUAUAAUAUACAGUACAUCAUUACUGCUUUCAUUCUUUCAAUUCGUUUUGAAUAUUCGGAAUCAUUUACAAUAUUAUAAAACUGUAUAAGAUGGCUGUAGAACUAUAAAUGCUGUAGAAUGAAAUAAAUAAAGAAAAGUAAGUUUUCAAAUCGCGGACGCGGUAUUUGCCGAUAAAUCGGUAAUCGCUACAGAAAAACAGAACAAAUUACAGUAUUAAAAUCACAACAAACCGCGGAAGUGGGACAAUUUUUGUAUUUUUACUGUAAGACAUGUAGAACAUGUACGAAAUCCAUACAGAAGUGUGUGUGUAUUCUAUACUUUUGAAACAACUAAAUCAGACUUCGGAAAAUUUGACCGUAUUAAAGCUGCUUUUGGGAAUUUAGAUUUUAGGUCUUCGUUUUACAUGUACCCAGACCAGUAAAUAUUUUUGAGUUUUGAAUUUUGUGUAUGAAUCAACACCAACGCCUCAAAGGCAAAAAGGAGGGCAAGAUUGUUAGAAUUGCUAUUGUAAACAUGAGCAGUUUCGAGCAUAAACAUAAAAUUGAAACGAGUAAUUUUUACACAUCUGAUUGACUAAAUUCAGGAAACCAUUUAAGUGUACGCGUAUUUGUUACAAUUCCGAUCAACUCUGCCGUGCAGUACGGCAGAGCCAGAGGCAGAGUAAAUUGUAAACAAAUUGUAAGCUUGUGAGAAUCAAAGUUCAAAACUCAAAAAUAUUUACUGGGUACAUGUAAAACAAAGACCUAAAAUCUAAAUUCUCAAAAGUAGCUUUAAUACUGUCAAAUUUUCCGAAGUCUGAUUUAGUUGUUUCAAAAGUAUAGAACUGAUACACACACACUUCUGUAUGGAUUUCGUACAUGUUCUGCAUGUCUUACAGUAGAAAUACAAAAUUGUUCCACUUCCGCGGUUUGUUGUGAUUUACUGUAAUUUGUUCUGUUUUUCUGUAGCGGUUACCGAUUUGUCGGCAAAUACCGCGAUAAAACGUAGUUUUCUUUAUUUAUUUUAUUCUACAGCAUUUAUAGUUCUACAGCUAUCUUAUACAGUUUUAUAAUAUAAUAGUGAAUGAUUCCGAAUAUUCAAAACGGAUUGAAAGAAUGAAAGCAGUAAUUAUGUAUAACAAUGUAUAACGGUUUAAACGUAGGCCGUACAGCACACUGCUCACUGGUCACUGGGACGAAGGAUAAACCGAAAAUUCACUUCUCUCCAUGACAAGCUUUUAUAAUGUUCAGUCGAUCCGCUACAUUGAAAGAUGAGUACUUGGCUAUUUUUUGGCAGGGGUAACGAAAUAUAUCGGCUGUUCUCUAAGUGUUUCUUAAUGCGUUGGCCAUCGGAAUAUAAUAUAACAGUACAUAACUCAUAAGCUUGAUAGAUAUGUGACGAGUUUCACAGGCACAAUCCUAUUUUAAAUACUAUGGCUUUUGGCAGUUUUGCAUCAUAUGUGCAGUAAAAGCCCCAUUUUUCUACUUCCUCAACGUGUAAAACGCGAAAAAACUUUAUUAAUAAGAACAAAAAUUUGUAAUAGUAAACAGUGUAUUUUAUUAUAAAGGAUUUUCGUUUUUCUACUGCUCCGUAGUUCGUGUGCUUCGUGCUCCGUGCUCCGUGUGCUCCGUGCUCCGUGUGCUCCGUACUCCGUGCUCCGUGUGCUCCGUGCUCCGUGUUUUACUAAUAGCCAUUGGUUUUAACUGUUGUGGUGUCCCAGCCAUCUGACUGUAUGUAUUGUACUGUACUGAACUAUAUAUAUACUCUACUGUCUUGUGUUAGAUUGUAUCGUUUUGUUUUUUGUAUUGUAUUGUACUGUAUUGUUAUUGUUUUUGUAUUGUAUUAUAUUAUAUGGUAUAUAUAAAUGGCGAAGUUAUAUAAAUAAAUAAAUAAAUAAAUAAGAGUAAUGUUGUGCAAAGUCUCCUGGAGUACAAAGGUCAAUCUGUGAAUCGUGUGAUCAUACACGUGCAAAGCGCAAGGCUGAAUUAACAAAAAAACCAUUGUCAAAUCUCUUCCCAUGGGUGGGUACCGGAAAAUAGACCAAUCAGGUUUCACCUCUUCGUCUACAUAGUUUCCUGCUUGGAUCAGUAAGCCUCAUUGUGUCACUUGCAAGCAAAAUUGUAUGACCUCUGCGGCAAAGUACUUCGAAAUUAUACUUUUGGAAAAGAUAUUUCGUGGAUAUAAAACAACGGUCAGUAACACAGUAUUAUUCAGUGAGACGCAGUUUAUUCAAAUAUAGCUCUGCCGCGGGCAAGCGUUUUUACUUUUCUGGUGGACAAAGGAAUACGUUGGCUCAAGUAUUGAUGUAUAAUUCAGUACGUGAGACGCAGUUUAUCAGUCAAAUAUAACUCUGCCGCGGGCAACCGCUUUUGCUCUUCUGGUGGACAAAGGAAUACUAACGUUGGCUCAACUAGUGAUGUAUGAUUCAGUGAGACGAUGCUUAUUCAAAUAUAACUCUGCUGCGGGCAAGCGCUUUUACUCUUCUGGUGGACAAAGGAGUACGUUGACUCAAGUAUCGAUGUGUGAUUCAGUGAGACGCAGUCUAUUCAAGUAUAACUCUACCGUGGUCAAGCGCUUUUACCCUUCUGGCGGACAUAGGAAUACGUUGGCUCGACCGAUGAAGUUAAAUGAAACCGCCGCUGGGGGAAUUAUAACACUGAAGAUCGAGAGGCUAAACACGAAUUCAACAAGCGUCAUUUGAUAUCAUUCGUAUAUCAAUGUAUUCAAUCAUUCAAAAGUAGAUUAUAUAAAACGUCCUUUCUAGCUAUUUCACUAAUUUCAGGGCACUCUUUAAUAAAACAAACACUAAUUUGGCCCGUAUACAUUAUCAAUACUUUACUGGACAAAACAUAGCAAAUCAAGUUCAUGUGUGAGAGAAAUUUAGGAUCUACUUUAUCUAUACAUUUGCGAUAAAUCAGCGAGUUGGAUAUCAUUAGUCUUAUCACUAUACUGCAUGAUCUUUUUAGUCUACCAAAUACAUAUUCUUACAAUUUCUGCUACUCUCAUGCAUGCAUGAUUGCAUGUUCAAUCACAACACUGUGGUUAUAAACACCUGAAUUGCAUUUUGACCCUGCUCUUUUAAAAUAUUGAACAAGCUAUGUUUCUGAGAUUAAAGUCACUAAUUCGAGAAUUAUAUUAUGUCAAGUUCCACCAAUCAUAAUUCAAAUAAAAUAAGUGGGUUAACAAAUACAUGUUGCAAAAUUGUUAACGAACACAUUGACAUUAAAAAUAAAUAAAUCGUAAGGAAAACAAACAAAAUAAACACAAAAAAACAAAAAUGAUGGUGAGCUUUGUUUGUCGUGUUACCAACCCUCCAAUCAAGCACUUGUAAGAUAGAAGCUUUGUGGGGAAGCUGCUGGUUGUCUUGGCCCCAUCCAGGUUUCCUGUAAAGAUAUUGCAGGUUUUCCUGGCCUCCCUGAUGUUCCGGCUGUAGUAUGAGUGAUGGUAAUGCUCAAAUAUAUGUCUUACGAUCAACUUGUAGUUUAAUUUAAAAAAAAAUUAUUUGUAUAUAACAUGAUUAUAAUCAAUUUUAAUUAAAAUAAUUAAAAUUAUUUAAAGUGUGUCGAAAGAGAAAUAUAGACGAUAUGUCUUCGAAAAGCACAAAGAUCAUACGUCAGAAGCUGUCUUCUAUACGAUUACAGUUGUGGUGAGAGUUGGGUCUUUUCGUCUAUGGAGAAUACACAUGCUGUAUAUUUGUGGGGAUGAAGUGCUCCCAAAGGUCACCCUCAACCCCAUAGACUCACACAAAUCAAUGUAUUAUACAGUAUGUUGUAAAGUAAACAAUGACCACCAUUACGAGGAUCUACUACCCCUUGGACAUUAAAGUAAACAAUGAUCAUCACGGGGAUCUACUACCCCUUGGACAUUUAGGAUGCCCAUCUCGAGGAUCUACUACCCCUUGGGUAAAGUCCAACAUGGGGGAACCACGACCCCCUGAGGACAUAUAAUUAUAUCAUAAUCAUAUUGCGGUAAUAGUGAGUUUGUGGGGCGACACUUUGGCCACAGUUUAAAGUAUAAUCGGAGCAUUUCUCCUCGACAACCCUUCUCCCACAACAUUGUGUGUGUCAUAGUUGUUUUCUUAAUUGUCUUAGAAUAUUUGCUUAUAUAACGAAUUGGUGCAUUAAAGCAAGUUUAUACAUGUCCAUAGCAUUAUAAACUUGAGUUAAUGAAACAAGCGUUAGGACAAGAGUAAAGUUGUGCAAAGUCUCCUGGAGUACAAAGGUCAAUCUGUGAAUCGUGUGAUCAAACACGUGCAAAGCGCAAGGCUGAAUUAACAACAAACCAUUGUCAAAUCUCUUCCCAUGCGUGCGGGAAAAUAGACCAAUCAGGUUUCACCUCUUGGUCUACAUAGUUUCCUGCUUGGAUCAGUAAGCCUCAUUGUGUCACUUGCAAGCAAAACUGUAUGACCUCUGCGGCAAAGUACUUCGAAAUUACCACCCAUCCCACCCUUCAAGGAUUUGCACCACUGUAUCAUAACUCGUAUCACAAAAUAAAUAAAAAUCUGUAAAUAUUGUUUUGAUAUGCAAUCCGUCAUCACGAUUCACGUGAAAUGCAAUUCAUGUAGUGUUAAAGAUAAAGUAUUAUGGAGUAGUUACUGGUUAAUAUGUUAUUACAGGCACAUCUAUAUUUUGUAAUAUACAGUAUUGGAAUUGACUUUGCAAGUCUGGUUGUAAAAAUAAAAACACUUGGUUGUUUGGGGAUGGAGUGCUCCCAAAGGUCACCCUCAACCCCAUAGACUCACACAAAUCAAUGUAUUAUAUCAUAAUCAUAUUGCGGUAAUUGUGAGUCUGUGGGACGACACUUUGGCCACAGUUUAAAGUAUAAUCGGAACAUUUCUCCACGACAACCCUUUUCCCACAACAUUGUGUGUGUCAUAGUUGUUUUCUUAAUUGUCUUAGAAUAUUUGCUUAACGAAUUGGUGCAUCAAUACACUAGAUAGUGCAUCUAAUUAUUCUGCAAUUCAAAAAUUGAAGCUGUGAUUGCAGUCUCAGGUCGUUCCCAUGAAAUGAGAGUAGAUUCGUAUAUUUCCUAUUUCUUAAACAGGGAACUUAAAUAUUAAGUUCAUCCUAUUCCAAAUACAUUUUUAAAGUAUUCAAAUGAUGAAAGUUAUUGCUGUUUUUAAGCGUUUAUUAGCGAGUGGGAACGACCAACAUGGCCGCCAUCUAUUCAAAUGGAGGUAACCGCUGGAAUAUUCUUGGCGAAGGCACGGAAAAUUUUUAAAUUUGAAUCCCGGAAAUGGCAUUUGCAUCAUUCUGAGACACGCAUAAUCAGACAACCCAAAAUUCCGGGCGCCAGAGUAUGCCUGUUCGCAGGUAAUGCUGUGAAUAAUAUAGUUAACAACGAAAAUCAUGACUAACGACACCAAAAACGGAUCAAAAUUGGGAAUCGACUCACAUUACUUCAAUCCCAUUCCCAUUUUUUAGGACUUCAUUUUCCAUUCCCAGUGGCCAAAUCCCAGUCCCAGCAACCCAAAUCCCAUUUUCCCAGUCUAAAAAUAGGUCAAUCCCAGUUCCCAUUUUACCCCUUCAGGGCCAUCUAUAGUAAAUGUGAUGUUUAAAUGCGCUUUAUUACCCUCUAUUAAGUCGUUUUUCCACUAGCGAAUUUUUCUGCGCGAAGCGACCUUUUUCCUUUGUCGGCAUCCAUUUUGCAGCCCUCGAAAAGUCAAAACCGUCAAAAUUGAGGUCGGCAAAAGAGGGCGGACCUAAAUCUGACCUAGGUCGGCACAUCUCGGCAUUUCUUAAAAUCUGUUCCACGUCUUGGAGCACUAUUAAUCACGCAUUUACGAAUCAUUGAAAUCGGAAUAUAACUAGAACGUUACCUCCAGCCGGAAAAUUCGAAAGUUGUAGCCAAAUUUUAACUCCAGACGCAGGAAAUUUGAUCUUCAAAUAUCUAACGUAUAUACACAAUACCCGUCAGUUUUUAAAUCUUACACCGUAGUGUGUGUAAUAUAUGAUGAUUAUAUACGUAAUGAUUGACACUCGAUCCAAUUAGUUUGAUCAGAUCAUGAAUAAGUAUUAUGUAACAUAUAACUAAUGAGUCAGUCUUAUAUAGCCUACGCUGAGCUCAACAUAUAUAUUCUCACUAAAUAUACAUGUACCAAAGAUAUCCAAGAGUCUAUUACAUGGUGUCAGGAGUGGACCUCUGAACAACUGAACAUGGCAGCAGGAACCACUUACUGGGCAGCUCCUAAGCAACUCAAUCUUGAAGGCAACGUCAGCGAAAACUACCGCAAGUUUGACGAACAUUGGGCUCUUUUCGAAAAGACGGAAUUGAAAGGGAAAUCUGAGGAAGAACGAUGUUCCUACUUUCUACUAUGUAUCGGCGAGAAAGGACGCGAGGUCCACCAAACUCUCACCUUCCCAACGCCAGAAAGCGAAGCCGGCGAAGGUGAUACGCUAGUUUGGAAGCGAACGACACAACAAUUGAGAACCGCCUUCAAACAGUACUGUAACCCCAGAAAAAAUAUCACAUACGAGCGCCACAAGUUUAACAUUCGAGACCAAGCCGAAGAUGAGACGAUCGAUCAAUACGUGACUGUACUACGAACUUUAGCUGCGACUUGUGAAUUCCAAACCCUCCACGACGGUCUUAUACGCGACAGAAUCGUCUGCGGCAUCAAGAACCAAAGCUUAAAAGAGCGUUUGUUACGCGAAACGGACUUGACUUUAACGAAAGCAGUCGACAUCUGCAGAGCUGCUGAAGUAUCUCGAAAACAAGUAAAGGCUCUGGGCGAUAAGUCUCCUGUGAACGUAGACGCACUACACCAAGGUGGUCAACGUGAUACACGCCAGAAAAAACCACGCGAUACAAAACGGGAACGUCCCAGAUAUCAAAACAAGAAAAGCUGUGGGAAUUGUGGCAGAUCUCACGAACCGAAGCAAUGUCCCGCAUACGGUAAAACAUGCAACAGUUGUGGUAAAAGUGGACAUUUUGCAAAGUUAUGUCGUUCCAGCAAGAACCGACCAAACUCUCAUCACAACUCUCAUGUCCAACACCUCGAAAUAGACGGUGACACUUCAGAUCACGGUAUCGACGAAGUACAAGGCAAUAUACACGGCUCAACAAACGAACACGCGACGCUAAAAAUCAAUAAUAAACCUAUUCAAGUUGUAAUAUAUGCUCAUAUAUAG